AUGCAAAAAAAGUAUCAGAACGUGAUUACUUUAUUUUUAACAGCUACCAUAUUGGUUCGCUUGACAAAGUCUACAACAAGUAUACCACUCCAACCCUUAUCCUCAUCUUUAUCUCGGCCUCUAUCUCCAGCUCCACCACCUCCACCUCCACCUCCACCUUCAUCUCCACCUCCACCUCCACCACCUCCACCUUCAUCUUUACUACUACCUGUUCCUGGUUUUCCACCAUCAUUUAAUAAUGGAGAUACUUUAUCUUUAUUUCAACCAAUACAUGGAGUUCCUUCAGAUAAAAACUCUAUUGACAAAAAUAUUAAUAUAGAUAUUUCUUGUGUAGAUUGUCCUUUAAAAUACAUAGAUGCAAUUGAAGAAGAUAUACCAGAAUAUGCUGACUAUUAUGGUAUCGAUGUUAUCCCAGAUACGGUGAAAUUUAAAUUAAAAGGAACAAUACCACCCGAUAUUAUAUCAUUCAGAUCACCUCAAGAAAUAAUUAGCGAGAAAAAAGUUAUAGAAAUAGAUAAAAAUAAAGAUAAAUCUCUUGAAUUACCAAUAGGUCCACCAAUUCCAGGUACAGAAAAUGGUUUAGUAAAAGUGGCCCAAAAAGUCAUCACAACUAGUCCAGUUAAAAGACCACAAACAAGACAAGAUGAAUGGGAAUGUAUUGUAUCUCAAGUUAAAAGAGAUUCGAAGGGCUGGGUUUUAGAAAAGGGGAUUACCAGAUAUAAAAAUAUUCCAACUUUUGCUGAAGUUGACCAGAGUUUAAUACCCCUGAGUGGAGAUGCAAAGACCUUGUAUCAGAACUGUAUACAAGUACUUAAGUUAUUAGAAGAUAAGUCAAUAAUAAGUCCUCCUUCCGAAGAAAAAAUUGAGGCGGAUUUUCUAAGGACAACAUUUUGUAUUGCAGCAGCAGUUCAUUGCUAUGCUGAGAGUGCAGUAAGUGAUCCUAAUUUGCAAAUUUAUUGGAAUAAAGAAGUUCGUUUACAGACUGAUUUAUUAAUCUCAAAGGAUCCAAAUUCUGAGCUAUUUGAUAUUGCUGGAAAGAGUUUAGCUGUAAAGAGCAAUAAAGUAUCUAAAAUAGGAUUAGAGAACUCAAUAAACUUUUUUCCAUUGAAAUUACCCAAUAUGGAUUUUGCAUUCGCAUCAACCCAGUUGGAAGUUCAUCCAGGAAAGCUAAAAACUAGAAUAAAACCUUCAGAAGCAGAGUAUCAAGGAGGAUAUUUAAAUGCUCCAUUGAAACCAACUGGUGACUUAGUAGUAGAAGAUUCUGAAUUAUGGACUAUGUGGCGUGCAAUAGUAACUCAAAGAGAGAGAGAUAUAAAUAUGAGUUUAAAGAGAUUUAGUAAAUUCAGUACUGAUUUUCCAGUUAAACUAAAUAAAUCUAUUAAGCCAAGAAAGCUAUCUGAACUUAAGGCUCUCUGUGUGGAUAUUAUUGAAGAUGGAAUGAAUAAAUCUCCCCCAUUAUACCAGCUACUUCCAAUGGCAUUACCGAAAAAAACUGAAGUUAUUGAUGAAUUUUGUCAAUAUGCAGCAGACUUCUACAUUGGUAAUCGUCAAUGGCACACGAUAUUUAAAAUGUAUAGAGAAAGUUUGACUCCAAUAAGUGGGUUGCCAUAUUUCCGACCAUAUUCACCCUUCAGAUAUUUUGCAGGUGAAACAAUGAUGGAUAUGCGUUUAAAUUGCUGUGCUGUAAUAUAUGACUUAUAUUUGAGCCAAGCAUUUAAAGAUUUAUCGUUUAGUCGACAUUCUUCCCCUUUUAAAGUUCUCAGCAAUACAGAGAAAAGUAAUUUAGAAAUUUUUUGUCAUAAAGCUUCUGAAAUGUACUUUAAUAAUAUGAAACUAAUAACUCAACCAUUAGUUCCACUCAAAAGUGAUGAUUAUUUUGAUUUCUCAAGAUAUAAAUCAAGAGUAUCUAAUUAUAAGACUAGAAACUACCAAUCUGUAGUAUAUGAUGGACUGCAAAAUCUAGAAAAUAUUCCAGGUCACUUUUCAAUAGGAGCUUUGGAUCCAUCAUAUGAUUAUACACCAAGAUUCCCAGAUAUUGAACCAUCAUUAGUGUGUCAUCUUCAAUGGAGAGCAAUCAUAGAUCAAAAUCAGGAAGAUUUAAAACAAAAUAUCGAAACUCCUCUGCAUCUUCCUGAAGAAGUACCUAAAGAAUGGAAUAUGCCCCAAUUUUCAGUAGACACAUUUAGAAUAGUAUGUUUUCGUAUAAUCCGUAAACUAUAUCAUUCGGGUUAUAUAUCAUUUCAAGCUAUGAUUUUAUCUUCUGAAAGAGGGAGCUCAGAUUAUAAAAGUGAAGAAAUAUUGGGAAAUUUUUGCAAAGCCGCAUCUAAACGUUAUUUUGAAAAUUUUGAUGAGUAUACUUUAGAAUAUAACCUAAAAUUGCAAACUGAUGUAUUUUCUCAAUGGAAUGCAAUUAUAGAAACUAUUAUAGCACGUCAUAGAACUGAUAAACAUUCCAAUAUAUAUUGGAUCUAUCCAAUACAUCCUAAAGACUUUGAAAAGUCUAUGGUUAGACAUAAAACAUCUGUAGUUUCGAAUGAAAAAUAUGAUAAUAUUACUGAUGAAGCCUUUGGAUUUGAGGAUAAGUGUGUUGAAGCAUUAACUUAUUACUACAAUCAAAAAGGUCCAGGUCUACCUAGAAUGGAGGUGGAUACUGAUGACCUCUCAUUGUUGAAGCUAGAAUUUAAUCGUGUUUGUAAAGAGGCAGCUGAUUACUUUUUUGGUUCUAUAGAAUGGAUCCAUAUGUUUGGACUAUCUAAACCAACAACUCUACCUGGAGGUAUAGUGUGGAAUCCUGCAGUGACAGGAUUAUCAAGAUUUCGUCCAAAACAAGGCUCACUAAAAUAUGUUGGGCAAGGUAGAAUAACAGCUUUUCGUAAUUAUUGUUUUGCAUUUAUUUGGAAUAUGUGGAUUACAUGUUAUGAUUCAAACUUAAGAAUUAGAGGUCAAUUAUACUAUAAUAAAAUAUUGGGUAUUAACGAAUAUAAAGCUCUCCUAGAACACUGGUGCACACACGUUGCAAAUGAAGCUUACAAUAUAAAUUACAAAUUAUCACAAGAACAGAAAAAGAACACGCAGAUAGUGGAUUUAGCUCCAAGGAUGAAUCCACAAACAUCAUUGCAAGUAAUUGAGAAAGAGUUAGAAGAAGGCAGAAAAUCUCUGCCAUCAUAUAAUUUUAUAGGAGGUGAUGCAUCUGUACAAUGGGGUUACAUUGCUUUACAAGUAGAAGUUGAUAGAAAGAGAGGCUAUAAGAGGAUCACAUGGCUUCCUCAGUAUGAAGAUGUCAAGGAAAUAUUUCCAGCUUCUGUUGAAAGAAUUGACUUUGUGAAAGUUUGCGAGGAUUUACUGAGUACAUUAGAUGAGAAAGGGAUGGUAGAAUGGGGGAUCGUUUCACCAGAACAUCGAAAGGUUGUUGCAAAGGAGUUCUGUUCUGAAGCAUUUUACAAUGGCUAUGAAACAACGAAAACAGGAGAUCUUGUAUCAAGACAUUUUACAGAAAAUCAACUGAAUCGUGGCUUGCUCAUAGAGUUUUUAAAGUUUAUGCUAAUAAACAAAAUGAACAUUAGAAAGUGGGUCCUCUUUUAUCUAAAUGAAAAUACGAACUUAAAGUAUGCACUUAGCUGGGCAAUAAAUGAAGACAACUGGGUAUUUUUAGAUGAAUAUUUCCAAUUAGCUCAGUUGCAUGAAGUAGAUAAUUUUGAUGAACUUUUUCUACAGAUUCGUGAAAGAGUUAGACAAAUGGGCGGAUUCAUCCAAAGUAAUGGUGAAGAGUAUUUUUCAGAAGAGCCUGCUGCACGAGAUAGACUAUGGAAAGCAAUAUUUAAUCAAAUGCAUAUAGAUUUACUCUCUGGACAUCCUCAAAGAGUUGUUAAUUUGCCUAUUAAGCCACCAAAAUUUUGGUUUGGGACAAAAAGUAUUGAUGAGUUUUUAAGUGAUUGUAAGCAAGUAAUUAGAAGAUUAGAAGAAGAAUCAUCUUUAAAUUUAAAUUCUAAGAUAUCUGCAAAUGAGAUAAUGUCAGCUGUGAAGAUAAUUAGUAUUCAAGAUAAGUCAUCAAAUGAAGUUCUUGAAUCAUUUUGUUCCGAUGUGAAAUUGUAUUUGAUGAGCUUUAAAAAAGGGUAUACAAUGUUCAAAGGUAGUGGUUUUAGCUACCCAGGUGCUAUUUUAGAAGUUGAAAGACAUCGUCAAUGGAGGAUAAUUGCAAGCUUGUAUGAGAAAUUUCUUCAUUUACAACUAAAAGAUACUGAUGGGAAAGUUGGGGCAAUAUCUCGUAUUAAAAAUAUUCCUGGAUUCGUACGUUAUACAAUCUUUCAAGGUAGUUAUGACACUGAAGAGUUUAUUAUGCAGUGUAUAUUAGCGUUAAUAACUAUUGCAACAGAUUCGAAUAUACCUAUAUAUAAUAGACUAGUAUUUCCAGAUAUUUUAAGUACAGAAAAAAAAGAGGAUAUAAUAAAAGAAUAUUGUCAAACAGCUUCAACAUAUGUAUUUGGCGAGGUUAUAGAUGAUAAGAUGGACGAAGAUUCAUUGGAUGGAAUAGCAACAUUAAGUGAUUUAGAUGCAGUUAGCAGAUUAAUAAAAUUAAGAAAUCCACUAGGAAUGGAUUAUAAAAAACGUUGGAUGAAGAUUAUAGAUUUAGUCAAGAAACGUGUAAAGGAGGAAGAGUUGCUAAAUAUGAACCGUGUAAUGAAAAUAGAUACAAAGUGGCUAGAAUCAUACCCCAAUGUGGCAGAUGAACACUUGAAAAAAGCAUUUGAUUCCAAAGAAAAUAACCAACGUACUAGCUUUGUAUUAGUGGCGUAUGAACUAUAUAGUGCAAUCAUGCUUGGGAAACAAGGACUUUACAGAGCAAAUCCCGAAAAAUUUAAAUUUUCUUCUGCUGGGGCAGUUUUGCAAUUUUGCCGUGAUGUGUGUUUUAAGUAUUUUACAGAUGAAGCAAAGGGUGAUAUUGAUUAUAAUAGUGAUCUAAAAUCCAGUAUCUCGGAAACUUUAAUUUACGAUGCACUUGCCACAAGAAUACGACUGGGUCCAGAUCCAAAAGGAGCUUUGUAUGAAUUAUACCCUGAAGAAGGUGAACUUAUCCCAGAACUAAAUGAGUAUAAUAUAGACCAAUAUAUAACUUCUAAAUGGGAGAUAGAACGCAAGAAUGAUUAUUUACAAAGUAAUGACUACAAUGUAAAAAUCCGGAGUGAUAUUUUAAAUGAUUUGAUGAUGGCUGAAGUAAAUUUACUCAAACCUAGUGGGACUAGUUUAGCUCAAAACAAACAGGACCAAAAAAAGUUUUGGACCCCAUUAAAGGAGUAUCCUUGGAAACAUAAAAAAGUGGUGACUUUUAAUAAAGAAACGAAAAAUAUGGAUGGUAAAAUAUUAGCUGGAGAUACAUUGAGACAAAUGAAGUCAAUCUUUGGAAGUGAUAUAAAUGAUCUAACAAAAAAUAUUAUAAUUCCCCAAAUACCACGUGCGAGUGGAGAUAAAAUGAGUAAAAAGAGAAAUACUCACGAUAGAGAUGAAUCGAUUGAUAAAAGUAGAAAAUUACCAUUAGCAAAAUUUAAAGAAGGCACAACUAUACAGAGAAUAUCCAUCAAACCAAUAAACCUUGAAAAAGAAAGUAUGGAUAAUAUAGCGGAUAAUAACGAUUUGAAUGAUUUAAUAGAUUCUGACGAAUCUUCUGAGAAGGAAAUUGAAAGAAAGGGUCAAAAACCGAGAGAGAGAAAAAGUCAGAAGUCAAAAUUUGAAAAAAAACUAAAGUCUAGUGAGACUUUGAGGCAAAUAGUUGUGAUUGAUGAUCAAGCAGAUCGUGAAUGGACAGUAAUAAGUAACCUGGUAGAGAUUGUAGGUAAGGCUAACGGAGGAGAUUUAGUAACAAAUUUACCUACUGAUCGUCCAUUGGAAUACUAUCCAGAUGCUAAAAAUACAGAAAUAGGUAUGAAGGAGCAGUGCCAUAAAACCAUUGGAAAUGCGAAAUUUAGGACUGAAUUUGGAGCUAGAAUAAACGGAAAGACGAAGGAAGAGAGACAACGUAAUUUGAUCAUUUAUUGUUCAAAAGCUGCAGAAUUACUCUAUGGAUCUAUUGGGAAUUUCGAAGUCCCAGAAAGUUUUAGAAAAUUGCCUGGCUUUUCUAAUUACAAUAAGCGUAUAGGUAAAUUUGAAGCAAAAAGAGGUCAAAAUAAUAAAUUAUUUGUCAAGGGGCCUCUAGGUGAUAUUGGGCUAUCUUCUGUGGAAAAGGAAGCCAAGAGACAAAGGGAAGUUUUCGGUUUAGUUAAAGGUCCUUAUGGGAAAGUUACUCAUCUAACUCCAUUAAAUGAAGAGCGAGCUAAAUUUGAACAGAAGGGUACUUUCCCAACAAUCUUCAAUAGAAAAGUUAAAGAAGUACCUACUUUAGUAGCAAUGGUAGAUAAAUAUAAGAUUUCCCCACUUAGAAAGUCAAACUAUAAAGAAGAAGUAAAGCUAAUUCCAGGUACAGAUAUAAUGGGAGAACCUGACUACUUCCAUAAGAUAAGGAGUCAUGGGGAGAAACCAAAAGAUAAGUACUUAGAAUCAAGACCUUAUAAAGGUGUAGGAUCAGGUGCUCCUAAACUUGGGAAAUUACAUCGAGUUGAUAAACGAACAAAAACUCCACUGAUUAAGUUUACUCCGCCAAGAGUGGAUACUAGUGAAGCAAACAAGGUUCACUUGCAAAUAGAAAAAGCUCUAAAUUACAAACAUUAG